UAAGAUAAGGAUUAUCUUCCUUUUAUUUAAGCUCUUGUCUCAACCAGUUCAACAUUAUUUUGUGCUGAUUUAUCAGUAUAACCACGUCCACGAUGAAUUAUAUUUGGGUGAUUUGUGCUGUUUUGUCUUUUAUUUCCUACUCAUUUGGACUAAAAUGUCAGACCUGUAGAGGUGGUGAUUGUAAUAAAAAAUCAGAAAUUCCUUUGCAAGAAUGUAGCUUUCGUCAUCCUUUUCCCCUUUAUGAAAGUAAAACGGCUUUUGUAACUGCCGAUUUUAAUUAUAGAUGUUUGCAGUUUAGUUAUGUUAAAGAUAAUAAUGUUGAAGAAGUAAAGCAAUGUAUUGUUGUGGAUUCGCAAAGAAAUGUUUGCGAAGAUUUGAAGAAUAGUUUUGAUGUGAAAAGUUGUAGUGUUAGAGUGCCUUUGCAGGCUUUCGAAGAUGGUGAUGAUACGGCCCCUACCCCAGAGAGCACCACAUCUAUCCCAGAGAGCACCACAUCUAUCCCAGAGAGCACGACAUCUAUCCCAGAGAGCACCACAUCUCUCCCAGAGAGCACGACAUCUAUCUCAGAGAGCACCACAUCUAUUCCAGAGAGCACGACAUCUACCCCACAGAGCACGACAUCUACCCCACAGAGCACGACAUCUACCCCACAGAGCACGACAUCCACCCCACAGAGCACGACAUCUACCACAAAGAGUACUACAUCUAGCAAGCAAACCACGGCAUCUACCACAGAGAGCACCACAUCUACCACACAGAGCACCACAUCUAGUACAAGCGGCUCUUCCGACUCUUCGUCUAGUACAGAAAGUUCUUCAUCAACAACACCAUCUUCUGCUGUAUCCAGUCAAACAUCGUUUGGUAUUUUACUAGCAGCGAUCUUUUAUAUCAGGUGGAUGUAAUUUAUUUCCAAGUAUUUAUAUCCAAUUAUUUAUUGUAAUCAUAUUUUGUUUUAACGAAUAAUAAUUAUUAUGUUUAUGUUAACUUAUAACAGAGGAAGAGAAAAAAGUUUAAAGUACAAAAUAAACAUUUAUAAUUUAUAGUUAUAAGUUUAUACUUAACCUUAAUUGUAUUAAUAUUUAGCUAGGUAAGUAUAACAAAACCUUAUUUUAAACAAUGCACUAAAACAUUUCUUAUAUAGCAGCUGGUUAUUGCACUUUUCCAGGGUGAAUUAUAAAAACGACCCAAGCCAUAAUUUCAUUACUCUUAAAUACGUUAGAAUACUUCUUUAUCAUAAUUGAACAGUUUUUUGUUAUCAAUUGUUGGCUUGUUUUAGAUUAAAUGAAUAAAAAACGUUCUACUUUUUC